AUGAGAUUAAGAUGGUAUUUAAGCAAGGCCAAAAAUUUAAUAUUCAAAACCUAAAGAAACAUCGUGACCAUGUUACCACUCUAAAUAUCUUUAAAAUUAAACAUUAAUUUAUAACUGGCUCAGCUGAUAAUUGUAUCAUAGUUUGACCGACAACUAUUCUACCAAAUCCAAGUACUUAACAAAAUUAAAGAACCAUUCAUUUCAAAUUACAUGCUUAGUGAUAUCUUAGAAUUCAGAAUAAGUCUUUAUCAGUGGCUCCAAGGAUAAGUAAAUAAAAUUCUUGAAUCAGAACAUCUAAACUACAUCCUUUGA